GUACGACACGAUUUUUGACGGAUGUUUCCAUUUUCAGAACGCAAAUCACAGGUUCAUUCCUCCCAUGCGUUCGAACGCCAUGUUUACUCGUGUUGCCAUGGACGCGGGUUCGAAUUCUACACAUUCGACAAGUUUCGUGCUCACGAACCAGGUGUUCUGUUGAGAGCGAGUGCACUUCGAAUUACCGAAGAAAACCCCUACGACACGAUGUCUUCCCUGAUGAUGGCCGAGAACAAUUUGAGUCAGGUAGAGUUAUACUCACUGCAGACUGGAGGUGGUGACCAGUCCACCCUGAGAAAACUGACCCAUGAGAGUGAUGAGGGGAUGUUGAAGCCCGGGGGAGAGGGUGAUGCGGCCAGCUCGUUUAGCGAAUCAGCUAACGUGAGCAAACUGGACCAGGGAUAUGACCAUGAGGCCCAGGUGGCCAGUCAGUCACAUGGUGUCAGCAGCGGGAUCCCCACACAUGCACUGCCAGAUGCUGACAGAGUUCUGAUCAGCCUCCGACCUUCUGUCCGGAAAAACAAGGACAAGGCAGAGUUGGAGCAGCUGACAGAACAGCCCACCUCCACCCCCUCAGCUGCCGGUGUGGUUACUGGUACACCCCCUCCAAAACCACCCAGGCUUCACCAUGGAGGCGACACAGGCGAGACCUCUGAUCCUGUCCCUCUACCAGAGUCUGCCAGAUGUGAGGGUUUUGUGCUGUACAGAGACCGCCUGGGAGACUGGUUCCGCUUUCUGGCUGAUGAUGAUGUGAUCCUGGACCAGCUGUUUGGUGAUGGUGAGGAGUUGCACAGGCUGUACUGCCGCACUGGAGCAGCCGAGAAACAAGCAACCCUACCAGUAGGACGACUGAUCGCUAUCGACGGCCUGUCUGUACGUGGCCUGACGGACUCAGAACUGUUGGAUGUCCUGAACACAUCAGUGGAUCCCGUUAUCAGGAUCGAUCCACUGGACUUUGAAAUGACCACACCGACCACACUGCAAAGCCUGAUCAGUGAGCCAGUACCUACUGAUGAGGAGGAGUCCAGUGAUGAGGAAACUAGUGAUGAGGAGGAGUCUAGUGAUGAGGACACUAGUGAUGAGGAAACUAGUGAUGAUGAGGAGUCUAGUGAUGAGGAGUCUAGUGAUGAGGAGUCUAGUGAUGAGGAGUCUAGUGAUGAGGACACUAGUGAAGAUGAGGAGUCAAGAGAAGAUGAGGAGGAGACACAGGAGAAUGGCGACACUCAGCAGCAGGUCCGCCCUGUCAGGAAGCGGGGACGUCUGGUUGCUUUCUUCUCACGUUGCCGCAGGGCUUUCACCUCAUGCUGGCGCCACUGA